GCUUCUCACUCUUGUUCCUUGCCAAUACUCUUGCGUCUGAAAGAGAAUAAUAGUAUUCCAAUUCCCUUUUGCAUCCAAAAAUCAAGCUGAUUCAACAAGUACCCUCCAGUCUCCUCCUUCCAACCCUGCAUGAAACGUUGCUAUACCAAACAUGUAGUGUUGAUAUGUAAUUGGACGUGUGAGUGUCUUAUAGGUUAAAUCUCUCUUGUCAGUUUUCAACCUUGCGAUGUUCAUCGGCAAUUCUCACCUUUCUGCUUCACUCCUCCCUUCCUUGGUUCAAAAAUUUCCAAAGCUUUCUCACUCUCCCACUUUGAAUUCCACUCAAUCCCCAUCAAACGUUUCUCUCACCCUCCAUGAAUUUCACCCCGAUUUAGAAGAAACCCAGCAGAUCCAUGCCCACUUGAUCAAAACCUGUUUCAAUUCCAGUGAUCAAAUCCCUUUUACUGCACUUCGUAGUUACUCUAGUUAUUUAUCGCUUCACAGUUUCCUGCUGACCUCUUACAUCAAGAACAGUUGCCCCGUAGAAGCUGUGAAGAUCUAUGCCCAUAUGCGUAGAACUGACUCAGAACUGGACAAUUUCCUCGUACCGUCAGUACUCAAAGCUUGCUGCCUAAUUUCUUCUAUCCUGCUAGGGAAAGAGAUACACGGUUUUGCGGUGAAAAAUGGAUUUGAUGGGGAUACUUUUGUUUGUAAUGCCUUAAUCCUGAUGUACAGCGAGUGUGGAAACCUAAAGCUUGCACGCCUGUUGUUUGAUAAAAUGGUGAACAGAGAUGAUGUUUCUUGGAGUACCAUGAUUUGGAGCUACAGUCGAAGUGGGCUGUGUGACGAAGCGUUGGAUCUUCUUAGAGAAAUGCACGCCCAUGGAGUUAAGCCUAGUGAGGCUGCAUUGAUAAACAUGGUUGCUGUCUUUGCACAAUGUGCAGAUUCAAAAUUGGGUAAAGCCAUGCAUGCUUAUGGAGUGAGGAAUCAGAAAUGUGAGAAAUCUGGAGUUCCUCUUACAACUGCUUUAAUAGAUAUGUAUGCUAAAUGUAACACUAUAGCUUAUGCAAGAAGACUCUUUGACGGGUUUUCUGAGGCUGGGAUAGUGUCGUGGACUACUAUAAUUGCAGGAUGCUUUCAUUGCAAUGAUUUAAAUCAAGGGGUUAGAUUUCUUGCCAAUAUGUUGAAAGAGGGUCUGUUUCCAAAUGAGAUUACACUGCUCAGUUUUUACAAAGAAUGCGGAUUCAUAGGAGCUCUGGGACUUGGCAAGUGGUUACAUGCCUUUACUUUAAGAAAUGGAUUUAACAUUUCCCUGGUUCUGGCUACCGGUCUGAUUGAUAUGUACGGAAAAUGUGGUGAUUUUGGAAGCGCAAGAUCCGUUUUUGAUAGCGUUACUAACAAAGAUUUAACAAUGUGGAGUGCUAUGAUUUUUGCUUAUGCACAAUCCAAUUGUAUAGACCAAGCUUUUGACACCUUUGUCCAGAUGACUAGUUGUGGAAUAAGACCAAAUAAGGUGACCAUGGCUAAUCUCCUUUCGUUAUGUGCAAAAGCUGGAGCCCUUGAAAUGGGCAAGUGGGUUCAUGCUUACAUAGACAAGCAAGACAUUAAAGUAGAUAUGAUUCUGGAAACUUCUUUGGUGGACAUGUACGCCAAGUGUGGUGACAUAGAUGCAGCUUACCAGCUGUUCACUAAAGUCACUGACAGAGACAUACUGAUGUGGAACACUAUGAUAUCAGGUUUUGCGAUGCAUGGCUAUGGCAAGGAAGCAUUAGAACUCUUGAGAGAAAUGAAAAGACUAGGAGUCAUCCCUAAUGACGCCACAUUUAUUGGAGUUCUUCAUGCUUGUAGUCAUGCUGGACUUGUGCUGGAAGGGAAGAAACUCUUUCAGAAAAUGGUCCUUGAAUACAAUUUAGUUCCAAAGGUCCAGCACUAUGGCUGUAUGGUAGACCUUCUUGGUCGAGCCGGAUUUCUUGAUGAGGCUAAGGAACUAAUUAGCAGCAUUCCCAUGAGGCCAAACAUGGUUGUGUUAGGAUCUCUACUAGCUGCAUGUAAAGUCCACAAAAAUCUCAAACUUGGGGAAUGGGCUGCUGAACAGUUUCUUUCAUUAGAACCUGAAAAAUGUGGCUAUAAUGUUCUAAUGUCAAACAUAUAUGCAGCAGAAAAUAGAUGGGAUGAUGUUGCUGGUAUAAGGAGAGCCAUGAAGGAUGUGGGAAUUAGGAAAGAACCGGGGAUCACAACCAUUGAAGUGAAGGGCUCAGUUCAUAACUUUGUAAUGGGAGAUAAGGCGCACCCAGCAGCUGAGAAAAUUUAUGAAAUGAUAGCAGAGAUGAGAAAAAAGCUAGAAGAUGCUGGAUACACACCAGAUACAUCUUCUGUGCUGCAGAAUCUUGAUGGGGAAGAGAAAGAAACGGCACUGAAUUAUCAUAGUGAAAGGCUGGCUAUGGCAUUUGGUCUUGUAAGCACAGCUCCAGGUGUUCCAAUUCGAUUAGUGAAGAACCUUCGAAUUUGUAAUGACUGUCACGCUGCAACGAAGUUGUUGUCCAAGAUUUAUGGGAGGGUGAUAGUAGUAAGGGAUCGCAAUCGUUUUCAUCACUUCAAAGAAGGAUCUUGUUCUUGUAUGGACUAUUGGUAGGAACAGUAAAAAUGAGACAGGGCGCAUCAGAAAUUACCUCGUUCGUGGAUGUAGCACAAUGAUCGCCACUCGUCAAAAUCUCUGAGAUGAGCCUUAAUUAUUCAUUUACGCCUUUGUAAUUACGUCACCUAUUCUAUGGCUGGUUGUGAAAUACAUCUUAUAAAUUUUUGAGA